AUGGAAGGUGAAGAACCCAAAGUAGAUGCCAAGGAAGCAUUGAACAAUUUGUCUCUUGAAAACUCUGUUGUUUCAGAUGCACCAGAGGAAGGUGAAGCUAUCGCCUUAACUCCUGCUAAGCACCGAGGAACACAAGUUCUUAACUUGGAGAAACACCUUGACGAGAAUUUGGUGACAGGGACUGCGUGUACAACUCCGAUCAAAAAGGAAAACUUGAGAAAAUUGGCUGAAGCAAUUACUAAAAGGUAG